CAUUAUGUAUUCCCGCUAUAUAAACCCCCCAUUCUUUUCUUGGAGCCCAUAAGCACCCCAACCUCACCUCACAUCAACAUUAAGACUGAAAGAGCUCUCAGAUAGAAAUUCAGUAUUUGCAUCCUCUGAGUUUGAUCUCAUCCCAACCAAAGAUGAAGAAAUUGGUGUUGAAAUUGGACUUGGCCAACGUCAAGGAGAAGCAGAAGGUGAUGACCAAAGUUUCUGGAAUGGAUGGGGUCAUCUCGGUGGCAAUAGACAUGGAGAAGAAGAAGAUGACAGUGAUGGGGGACGUCGACGCGGUGAAGGUGGCCAGCAAGCUGAGAAAGCUCUGCUACGCGGAGAUAGAGACGCUGGGCGAGGACAAGAAGGAUGACAAGAAGGAUGACAAGAAGACCGUUGAUGUAGCUGAGCUACUGAAGACCUAUCCCUGGCUUUACCAUCAUUAUCAGCCGUACCCACCAGUGGUGUAUGCAGAGGAGAAUCCAUAUCCGUGUGUAAUUUGUUAGAGAUUCGAUCGAACGUGUUAUGAUUGGUCCGCGGGACAUUAACGGAUUGGAGAUGAGGAUGAAUCCAUGAUGAAGAGAGUGAAGCAGUUUCAGAGUUGAUCCAUGGGCUUGCUUAUUAUUGUGGUUCUAAGUUUUGAACUAGAGGAUGGAUGGGUUGUCAGUUAAACCGGGUGUAUAGGACGUUGUAUUCAAUCAAAACGGGGGUGUAGUAUAAUGACAUACGUUUUCGCCUAGCAAAUUAAGCAGUUCCAAGUUCGAUAUCGAGAGGGACUACUCAUGUCCUUUUAUUAGCUAUUAGCUAUUAGGAUUUUUAUUUCAUUAUAUUAUGUCAACGUGCUUCCCUUGUUAUCGAAAGAAAUAGAGCGUUGUAUUCAAUAAUUAUAGCUUACUCCCACUUUUAAUUA